AUGCGUUCUGGUAGCUUCCUCCUCCUUGUGGGUCUCCUUGCUUUCUGGGCUGAGCUGAGGCUCAUCUCUGCUAUUCCUCCUCCAGAUGUUUGCCAAUUUCCCAAGGAUCCAGGAAGCUGUAAACUAUCUCUCCUCCGUUAUUUCUACAACCCAGCUACCAACAGGUGUCAGAAGUUCAUUUAUGGUGGCUGCAAGGGGAACGGAAACAAUUUUGAGACUCUAGAGCAAUGUCAGAAAACCUGUGUAGGUAAGUGA